UCUAUCUCUAUCUAGUCUUCUGCCCUUGAUCUCUCUUCUGCAAUCCUGUGCUGUUUGAAAGAGACCCGUCACUAUUUUCUAUCCCUGUUCUUUCUAUUUCGCACCCUUUCAUCCGUCAGGGCGAGCUCCGAUCUCGUCCAUCGUCACCUAAGACAACUAAUUUUUCGAAAAAAGAGAAAAGAUCGUUUUUUGGCUGUUUUUUUGUUUUCUCUGUCUUUUAAACGGUUAAAGGUCGUAGAGCAGUCAACUACAUUUGGUUGCUGCUACAAAGAGAGCAUAUAUUAUUGAACAGAUUAAGGAUUCAUUGGUUUAGUAUAUCUGAAAUUACAAUAAAUGGGUUCCGAAGGGCCUUCAGUGAUAACUGUUCAUAUUACGGGAUUCAAAAAAUUUCAUGGGGUUUCUGAGAAUCCAACAGAAAAAAUUGUCAGGAAUCUGAAAGAAUUUAUGGAAAAGAAAGGACUGCCAAAUGGCCUUGUUCUUGGGAACUGCAAGGUUCUCGAGACUGCUGGACAGGGGACACUUGGUCCACUUUAUAAACUAUUGGAGUCUUCUGUGACUGGACAAGACCAUGAAUCGUCAAAUGUGGGGCAAGUCAUCUGGAUCCAUUUUGGAGUCAAUAGUGGUGCAACAAAGUUUGCCAUUGAGAAUCAAGCAUUCAAUGAGGCUACAUUUCGUUGUCCCGACGAGCUAGGAUGGAAACCUCAGAGGCUCCCUAUUGUACCUUCUGAUGGAAGCAUCUCACGAACACGUGAGACUUCUCUCCCUGUUAAUGAAAUUGUCGAUGGCUUAGCCAAGUUGGGAUAUGAUGUAAUGCCUUCGGAUGAUGCUGGUCGAUUUGUAUGCAAUUAUGUCUACUAUCAUUCUCUCCGGUUCACAGAGCAACACAGAAUCAAAUCUCUCUUUGUACAUGUUCCUCUCUUCUUGACAAUUGAUGAAGAAACCCAGAUGCAAUUUGCUGCUUCCCUUCUGGAGAUACUUGCAUCCUUGCACUAAUACUUCUCUCGGGUUUUAUGAAGGUCCCCCUGUAUAAGUGUCUUUUCCAUUUGGACCUUCAACAUUUCAUGCUGUCAGGUAUCAUAGAAUAAGAAAAGACAUUUGUUUGGUAGUCCAAAUCUUUGUGUCUGGAAGGUACAACAGACAUGAUAUCAUCAGCCUGGUGGGGCAAUUUAUUCACCAGAAAUCCAUUGGAGAAGUUCAUAUGUUUGUGACUUUUCCAUGUAUGUGCAUAAAGAUGGCUGAUAAAAUUCAUGUAUGCUUCAAGGGAUGUAAAGCAAUGCUUGCGUGUGUGUAUUUUGGUUAGAUCUUUCUUGCAAGGCAUGUAUCUUGAGAGAAUUCUAUAUAUUUUCUUAAUAAAUUUUGAGAAAACUUUUGCCAUUUAUCUAAA